UAGACAGCUGUGAAGUGUUUGGUGCAACGGCGGUUUUGUUUUAGGCGACGCCAAAUCUAAAUGGACAUAAUUCCGGCAUUAAAUUACCGCUAACAAUAUGAUUAAACUGGAGCGACCAACAGAUAUCACCAGCAGCAGCAAUUUCAAUUUCCGCUGUGGCGAUGUGCUGUGCGUGGGUCCCAGACACUACGAUGUCUGUUGUGCGCUCUGCGCUCAACGAGUGCCAUACGAUGUCUUCCCCGAACACUUUCGCCAGCAGCAUUUGCCCCAAACCGAAGUCGACGACUGCAAGCUGGAUGAAGACCACUUGGAUGUGGAACCAGUGGAAGUCGAAGUAGAAGUACUAACACUCAAAUCCGAGGAUGAUCCAAUUGCAUCCAAUGCAGGGCAGUUGCAAGUGGAUUUGGCGCAAAUAGCGCUGCUAGACCAACAACAUACAGCGGUCGAGUGUGACACAAUUGCGACUCGACGUCAAUUACGGAGACGUGCCACAACAUUGAAGAGCACGACAGAGCUAGAGCCGUGGACAAUAAUCGAUGAGGAUGAUGCGCCGCAACUGCAGUACAAUAAUGAGGAGGAAGAAUCGGAGUUGAAAGAACAGCACGAGGAAGACGAGAAGGAAGAGGUGGAGCAGCAGCAAGAGGAUCAGGAGCCAGAGCUGGAUGACACACGAGAUAUGCUCUUCCAGUGCGAUCUAUGUGAACGCGCCUACAACACGAAGCGCAGUCUGCAAAGUCACAAGCGCAGUAAACACAACGAACGCAGGCCCAGAAACAAACACAUCAUGACUUUGGAGGCGGCGACGCCGGAACCUACAGCUGAUCCAGUUGCCUGCAUUAGCAGCAGCAACAAUAGUGCGAGCAGCCGCACAAAGUCACGCAAGGGUCCCGCCAAGGUUUACAAAUGCGCUGAAAGCGGUUGCAAUCAAACGUUUCGCACCGAACGCGAUUUGCGCGGUCAUCGCUGGAAGCACACGGGCAUCUUUUGUGAUAUCUGCGGCAAACCAUUCACGCAAUCGGGUAAUAUGAUGCGUCAUCGCCAACGGCACAGCGGAAUUAAGCCAUACAAAUGCCAAGAGCCGAAAUGUGAGGCCACAUUCUACACACAAAAAGAGCUGACGUCGCAUAACAUUUGCCACACCGGCCGCAUGCCCUGCAUCUGCGAGAUAUGCGGGCGACCGUGUCGCGAUCGUGGCGUCCUCACCGCCCACAUGCGUCGCCACACCGGCGAGAGGCCUGCGAAGUGUGAGGUGUGCGACAAGUCGUUCUAUAGUUACCAUGAUCUCAAUGUUCAUGCCGUUUCGCAUACGAAUCUGCGGCCAUUUGUGUGCGAUGUAUGCGGCUCAACGUUUCAGCGUAAGAAGGCGUUGCGUGUUCACAAGUUGCUGCACUCAGAGCAGCGCAAAUAUUCCUGUAAGCUGUGCAACAAAUCCUUUGCCCAAUCCGGUGGCCUCAACGCACACAUGCGCACCCAUGAAACGGCCAAGGCGCGUGUUAAAGGCAAGUCUGCAGCGCUUGUAACACCUAUUGAAGUGGUGGAGGAAUUGGUGGAGGAGGAGGACGACAUCGUGGAGGAGGUGCUGCAGCAGGAAGAGGAGGAGGGAGAGAAUGAUGAGGAGGUGCUGCAGGAGGCCGUCACCAUCGAGCUAAUCCAGCAGGAGCAUGUGGAAGUCGUCACAGUCUCGGCUGCAGGCAGCUGGCAUGUCGCCUGAGCUUCCAUUAGAAAAUAAGCCAAAUCAUAAAUCAGAUUAAUCCUAGUGCUAAUUUCAAGUUCAAGACAAUUAGGAUUAAAUGUGAUAAGCACCUUUUAGACCUAAACUCUAAUAAUUCUAAGAUAUUUAAGAUCCAUUUAAUGCUAAGGUUUUAAUUUCAUUUGAAUGCUCAAAUUGUGUAUAUACUUUGUAAGCUUAAGCAGCUUUUAAAUUAAUUUACUAUUUAACUAGAUUCAUAUGCAUCUUAUUCGUCUAAAGUAUAAGUUCAUUUAUUUGAUAGAUAAUGUAGAUAUGUAUUAAGCUCAAAGGCUUCCAAUUGUAUUGAAAUCUAUCUGCCAAGAAAGAAUUGUUUUUUUAAUAUUCUGUAAUGUGAAUAUACUUUUCUGUGUUGUCAAAUAAAUUCGUCGUUCUUGAA